UCAAACAUAUUUUAUGCGGGGGCGCAAGAAGAAACUUAUGUAGGUGCGGUAUCCACAAAACGUCGUCGUCACUGUGCCACCUUCCCACUGGCGCUUUCUCACUCUGUCAGUGCCCGCUUGCAGAAUCUUUCUGGGCAUCCCUCAUUGCCGACGUAUCCGUCUCUGUUUUCAACCGAUGGAUCGGCCGGCGACCGGAAUUGGAUUGGACACGCCGAUCAUGCACGAUAGCGACCGUUACGAUUUCGUUCGCGAUAUUGGGUCUGGGAAUUUCGGCGUUGCUAGACUUAUGAGGGACAAGCAAACGCAAGAGCUUGUUGCCGUCAAGUAUAUAGAACGCGGAGAAAAGAUUGAUCAAAAUGUUAAAAGAGAAAUAAUUAAUCACAGGUCUCUAAGGCAUCCUAACAUUAUUGGGUUUAAGGAGGUCAUUUUAACACCUACCCAUCUUGCCAUUGUAAUGGAAUUUGCAUCUGGAGGAGAAUUAUUUGCCCGAAUCUGCAAUGCAGGGCGUUUUACUGAGGAUGAGGCUCGUUUCUUCUUUCAACAACUCAUAUCUGGUGUCAGUCACUGUCAUGCAAUGGAAGUGUGUCACCGGGACUUGAAGUUGGAAAACACUUUGUUGGAUGGAAGCCCAGCACUCCAUUUGAAGAUAUGUGAUUUUGGAUAUUCCAAGGUAAGCCUUUGUCAUGUCCUUUUCAUGUGUGAGUUACAUUCUAAUAUAUUUUACUGGGAUGUAAGCUCUGGCUCAGUAAAUUUACCUCUAAAUGAUUCUUGUCACAAAUUUAACUGAACCUUUCAAUAUCCACAAAUGUUCUUUAGUUUUCUUGUGAAGCUAUUUUUUUCUGCAGAUAUAUAUAGACUAUUCUAUUACUUGAGUAACUAAUUCCUUAAGAUACUAAAGGGUUCUUUUAGUAACUUUUGUUAUUGGAAAGGGGAAAUUCUGCAUGACUAUUCAUUAUGAAUAUUGAUAAUCUGAAUUACUUAACAAGUUUUUGCUUGAUCCAUUCUUUAUAAUUUGGCCUAUCCCAGGUUAAGCGAUGGAAUGAUAGACGAGAAUGUAGGCUUGAAUUCAGAAAAGGCUUAGGUUUUGGAAAUUUAUGUUCACAAGAGGAAAGCUAGUGAGGGAGAAAAUUAGGAAGGUGAUCAGUUUGGCUAGGGGUGGAGGGUGAACGUGGGGAAAUUGAGGAACGGUGGAAGUUAGUUUUGCAUGUUUGUUUUGUUUUAGAGGGAGCGUAACUCUUAUUCUCUUAGGAGUUGAUGCUCUGCAGGUUGUAAAAGUCAUAGGCUCCAUUUCUGGUUCUUAAUAAAAUUGGCUUACUUGUUUCUUAAGAAUCCUGUCAAUUGGUUCAACUUGUCAAAUAUUGGUGUUUGGAAGGCUGGCUCAUGCUCCAAAGGGUGGUGGAUAAAGUAGAAGUGUUUGAAACCAAAGUUGCCACAUUUGAGGACUCAGCAAAACUUUCGAUGGUGGAAUUUAAGCAAUCACUUUUUCAGGAGAUGAGUAGGACUUGAGAUGUUGGACUAGUGCCCAUAUCAUGAAUUAAGUUGUGGAAGCAACAGUGAGUGGAGACGACAUGGAUCAGUAUCUUAUGGUGGUGUGAGAUUGGGUUUCCCCUAGUUUAUGAUAUGGACACUGCUGUUGGGUCGAUCACUAUAGUGGAAAUUAUUUUGAAGUUCUAAAUAUUUCGGAUGAAGUUAAAGUUAAGCUGGUUAAGCAAUGGUCCUACUAUCCACUUGCUUGUAUGAGACUGAAGUGAGAUGCUGGUAGUGUGCUAUGGAGGUCACUGUUAUAACGAUCUAUUUUGAAGAGCUUUUAAACCUUCAUCAAACGAGAAAGGUUGAACAGUAUAUUUUGAACUUUUGAGUUCUUCUCAUCAUAGGUAGGAUGAUUAGCUGAAGCAUAGUGUAGCCUGAGUGGUCUUUGGCCAGAGUUGAGAUGGUGAGUCUGAUAUUUUAACCCACGCAUCUGAUCUAAUAUGGUGAAGCUUGCUCCUGAUUUUGGGGCAGAGGCUAUGGGUACAUUGGAAAAUUUGGCCAGCUCUGCUUUCUGAUUGUAGGGGGAGGUUUUUCUUGUGUUUUUCCACAAAAUUAUAAAGGCAGUUUGCUGUAUAGAAAACUGGAGCUACUAAGUUCUCCAAGUUCCCAAUAUUUAGGGCUUGGCUAAAUUUGAAUUUAGUUGAUAAUCGCCAUUCCCUUUUGUUAAGAAAUUUCUUAUCCUUGUAUGAAUGGGUUAAAAGUCUUGCAACGAGCCCAAUGUCUUGAGUUCGAACCUCGUUGGGGCUCCUACUCCUAUAAAAGGGGAGUCCCAAAUUCACCAGGUUGUCAGGUGUUUGUUAAGGAAUUUUGGAUCCUUGUAUGAAUGGGUUAACUUUUUGUAACACCUUUCUGUGCUGUUUGUAUCUUUGAACAUUCUUCUUGUGUUUUGAUGUUUCACAAUUCACAUACAGGGGAACAUCUAAAUCUAUGAAAAGUUUCCUGGUGUCUUGAGGCAUCUGAUAUUUAGCGCACAGCAAACCUUUGUGGUGGUGUUAAGAUAAUUCAUCUUGUAUUUGUGUCAUAUUUAUGGUACUUGGUAAUUAAAAUA